GUGUCUGAGCUGAAAGUUGCUGCAGAGGCACGUUGUUUUAUUUUAUGUUAUGUUUUGCAUCCCAUAAUGUUUAUGGUUUGCUCUAAGUUUCACAAUUUGCUACGAUUUAAAUGUUUGAUCUAAAGGGAUAAGUAAUGUAACUACAGACUGCUCACUCUUCCAAUACGGAACAUAUAGAAGUACAUUUACAGUUACUGGAGGAUCUUUCUAAACUUCAAAGCAGUUCAGUCUCCAAAGAUGUCCAGCCUCGUUGCCAAAUAUGAAUACCUGGAGAAGUUUACCCGCAAAAGAUGGCAUUCUGAGGAUCAGAAGCCCAAGAAGAGAGGCUAUGUUCCAUUUCAAGGCAGAAGUGACUGUGAAGCUGGUCCACACAAGAAGAAGCAAAAGAACAACUGGGAGCCUGGAAAAGGACGUAAUAUGAACACAAGUUACAGGAAGCCAACUCCACCAAGUAUUCAUAAACCAGCACAGAAUGCUGUCCAGGUCAAAGUUCAGCGUGGGAAACGAGUAAAGAUGCAACAGAAGACUGAAGGUACAAAGUCAGAGGAGUUUAAUGCGGUGGAUAUUUUAAAGAAAAGACUUCAUGAGAAGAUUGAGGCGUCUCGCGCACAGGGCACUCCAAAAGAUCCCUCCUCAGAGGAAGUGCAGAAACGUCGAGCAAAACGAAAACAGGAGAGGGAGCGAAAGAAGAGGAAACGGAAAGAAUUCCGCAUGAAGAAGUUAGCAGAGAGUGCUUCCAUAGAGGUCAAAGUAGAAAAUGAAACAGAACCGGCACCCGUGCCUCUGAGUGAUUCUACAGGAAGCAAACCUGCCAAAAUGGACACAAACACCAUCGUCUUCAACAAGGUAGAAGUAGGGGAGGAGUAUGUGGACAAAGCAACACAGUUAAAGGAGAAGAAGAAAAGGAAGGCAAAAAGAGGGCUCACUCCCCUUACAGGCAGGAACGUCAAACAGCUUUUGUCCCGAGUGGAAGCUAGGAAGGCCCGUCUUGAGGAGCUGAGAGAGAAGGAUGAAAAGAAAGCCAAGAAGGAAGAAGAGAAAAUGCGGUGGACUAACGUCCUCUACAAGGCCGAGGGCUUGAAGAUCAAAGACAAUGAAGACCUUCUGCGUGCUUCCUUGAAGAGGAAGGAGAAAAUGAAGACACGGAGGAAGAAGAAAUGGGCUGAAAGGAGUCAGCAAGUGCUGGAGAAGAUGCAGCAGAGGCAAGAUAAAAGACGCAAAAAUAUACAGAAAUUCAAGCAGAACAAGAUGGAGAAGCGUAAACAGAGAAUCAGGAAGAAAGGCAGGGUGCUGCCUGAGGAUCUAAAGAAGGCUGCUGUGUAAGGAGAGGUAAAUAAAUGAACUAAGAGAAAUGAUCGGGUUUAGGUGAAAUGUAAGAAAAAGACGAACUCUAAACUGGGUUUCCAAUUUGUGAAGUUAUGCCCUGAUUCAAUGUAAAUAUGAAUAUUGGCUACAUUAAGCCAAACUCUUAUUUGUAAUAGUGGUAUCGAUACCUCACUGAAUAACUUGAUCAUUAUCUGUUAAGUAGGAAAAAUACAAAAAUAUGCAAAUAUAUGGUGUUUUGGAAAUAAUGAUGGAAUUGAUUGUAUGCAUUUGUCUUACCACCUAUCUUUCUGUCAUUAAAUUUUCUGUUUGUGAGAGAGUUGGUCCAUCAGCUUUUUCUAUAGCUUUGUAGUUCAAUAAAUACUGUUUUGUUGUUUAC